GAUUCCUUCGCAGGAAGCCAUGAGCUGUGGCCUUUGGCCAUGGCUGGCUUUCCUGUUUGCUGUGGGGGCCAAAAGCUCCAGAAUACCUCAGCAGAUUUUUACAUAUUGGGAUACUCCGUCCAUCCCUUUGAGCGUGCAAGUGACCAUCAAUACCUGGCAGCGUCAGAAUCCUUCCUGGCAGAUCCAUGUUGUUUCUGGAGAAAAUUUGGAAGAUUUCCUGAGUUCUGAAUCUCUCAGCUCUAUCCGAAGUCCUGAAUUUAAAGACUUCAUGUCCGUCCUGGGUCCAGCCCACAUGAGUGACGUAAUACGGGUGGAACUGUUGGCUGAGAAGGGUGGCGUAUGGUUGGAUGCCACAGUGGCAGCAACAGAAGGCUUUGACAAAUGGCUAGCGCACGUGGAUGAAAGCAGCGCCUGCUUACACAUGUUCGACCUGGAUUUCCAACUGUUGGAGGCCAAAUCGAUCAAUCUGAGGAACAGCAGCAAUUGGAGGUCGCACUUUUCGGAUGGCCACCUGCUGGUGGAUCCCGCACGAGAACCGGUGCGGAUCCCCGAGAACUGGGGCUUUGCCACGGAAGCCAACUGCCACGCGGUGGCCUUGUGGAGACGGCAGCUCUGGGGACUGAUACGCCAUCCUGGAGGAGUGGAAGGAGUUCUUCAAGAUGCUCCUUCCAUGCAUCCAUCCUACAGGAGAUGGCUGUCGCACCUUGUGACUGGCUCCUAUGCUUUGUGGCUGGCGAUUCCCGAAGCCUCACGGGAGAGCUAUCAUCUGCUUCCAGCAGAGGACUGGGCCUUCAAGCACUUGGAUUACAUGCCGGCGCCCUGGCUGUUAGGCCCCUCAUUGCCACUGGAUUACUUCACGGACUAUUCGGGCGGUGCCAUGUUCGCCUUGGCGCGAGCCAAAGAGGCGGAGCCCGGACCCCCGCAGCUGGGAGCCCUGAUGAAACUCAGGCGCUUUGAUCGCUGCGCGCUGAAUGCCAUUGUGGCAUAUCGCAGCUAUGCAGGUUCCUCUCCUCUGGCCGAAACUUAUGCUCUUCCCAUGGAACCUCGCUGGUGGCCGCCUAGUGUAGGAGAAGCCCUGGCAGCCUUCGAAGCAAACCAUUGUGGGACAUCAGACCGUUUUCUGCUGUUCUUCUUUGCGUCGAUGCGCAUGCUUUGUUCGUGCAUCUUCUUCUGUAACGACCAUCCCUGCUUGAUGGUGGCCAUAUGCGUCACCUCUCUUCGCCUCUGCCGCUUCUACAUCCAAAGUUUGGCGCGGAAGUCGAUCUCCAAAGAGAGAUGACCAACGGGAGCUUCAAAUUGGUGGGAACCAUCCCGCAUUUUAGCAGAAAUAAUAUCACACAUAGAGAUACAAUGAAAA